AUGGCCAUGGGUGGGUUCAUGUUGGUGAAAAACCUCUUGCUCUUGAUCAACUUUCUAUCCUUGCUCGGCGGUCUCAUUUUGAUUAGUGGUGGUGGAUGGAUUCAAUCUCACCAAAGUGAAGAUGCUCUUAGUGCUAUCGUGUCUUCUAUUGCCACUGGUGCCAUAGUUAUUGGUGUUUUCGUCACUUUGGUCUCCUUUAUGGGUUGUUUCGGUGCUGCAAACGAACGUGGAAUACUCCUCAAGACAUACUUUGGUUUACUCGCUCUUUUGAUUAUCUUUCAAAUCGCCAUUGGAAGUGCUGCUUAUUCCAAACGUGAAGAUAUUCCGGAACUAGUCGGAGAAGCCUGGAAAGAUCUGUAUUUGAACUCCAACCAAACCAUUCAGACCAUUGAAGCCUACUUCCAAUGCUGUGGAUUCCACAACACUACCGAUAUGGCCGUCCCAUCCACUUGCCAAGUCUCGCGAUUCGACUUAAGCAACAAGACUGGAUGUCUCGAUGCCGUUACCAACUCUUUGGACGGUCAACUCAGCACAAUUGGAGGAGCCGGUCUCGCCUUGGGAAUCAUUGAGUUUAUUGGCUUAAUCUUCUCUGCAUUGCUAUUCAGAAGAAUUGCCCAGAAGGAGCGUGCUUCCGACAACCUUAUGAAUGAGGCCUGGAGAAUCAACAGAUCCAAAAUUCAAUAUGGGUAUCAAAACUACCAAUACGUUUGA